AUGAAGCUCGCUACUGUUGUUUCCGUCGGUUCUCUCUUGCUUGGAUCCGCCAAUGCGUGGUGGUGCACCUCCUACGGCAAGGAAGCGAACCAUCUGAGCUGCAAGGCCUUGUACCCUGACCGCAACACUUUCUGUUGUAGCGAGGCAGAGGGCGGUGACCGUCACACCUGGCGAGGCGACUGCUUAAUGUCCUAUGACGAAGGCUCCGCUUGCGGCGAUGGCGGAUUUGAGGGUUGCUGUUAUUAG